AUGAACAAGCUUAAAGUUCUGCAGGCCUGGCUGUGGUGUGAGUCGCUAUGGCCUUGCUGGCUUUCUCACGCUGUUCCUCUGGACUGCAAAGACGAGACGGGAUCGCUCACCCAAUGUGCUUCAAUCUCUCAAGAGAAACUUCUGGAUCGUGUCAUCCAACAUGCAGAGCUCAUCUACCGCGUCUCUGAAGAGUCCUGUACUCUUUUUGAGGAUAUGUUCGUCCCGUACCCUCUGCAUGCUUUGAGGAGUCAGGGAGGAAACUUGUGCCACACCAAACCCUUCCCAAUCCCAGGCUCCAAGAAUGAAAUUCAGCAGAUAUCGGACAAAUGGCUGCUUCACUCGGUCCUGAUGCUGGUGCAAUCGUGGAUGGAACCCUUGAUCUAUCUGCAAACUACUCUUAAUCGUUACGAUGACGCCCCCGACGCUCUGCUCAACAAGACCAAGUGGGUGUCUGAUAAACUGCUCAGCCUUGAGCAGGGUGUGGUGGUCCUCAUCCGCAAGAUGCUGGAUGAAGGGAUUCUGACGUCCUCGUCUAUCUUCGAGCACACGCUGACCCCAUACAAUGAACAGUCCCCAGAGGUGCUGGAGUCCGUUCUCAGGGACUACAACCUACUCAUCUGCUUCAAGAAGGACGCCCACAAGAUGGAGACCUUCCUCAAGCUACUCAAAUGCCGUCAGAGCAACAAGCUCAGCUGUCUUUCCUACUAA